AUGGCUGUACUGUGGCUUUGUGAUCGGAGCACUGUCAACGACAGCAGCUCUGAUACCAUGCCAAAAGUUGGAAAUGAAAGCAACAACUUAGAACCUCUGCAAUUUAGUUUGGUCACUAUUGAAGCUGCAACAAAUAAUUUUUCAGAUGACAAGUGUUUAUUAGGACGAGGUGGAUUUGGAAGAGUUUACAAGGGCAUUCUUUCAAACGGCCAAGAAAUAGCUGUCAAGAGACUUUCAAAAUGUUCAGGUCAAGGCGCAGAAGAAUUUAAGAACGAGAUUUUAUUAAUUGCCAAACUCCAGCACAGAAAUUUGGUAGCUUUACUUGGAUUUUGCAUAGAAGAACAAGAGAAAAUUAUUAUCUAUGAAUAUGUUCCGAACAAAAGCCUUGAUUACUUUCUAUUUGGUUCCAUAGAAGGAAAAGUAUUAAGUUGGAUGGAGCGUUGUAAAAUCAUUGGAGGAGUAGCUCGAGGAAUUCAUCAUCUCCAUGAGUAUUCCCGUCUUAAAAUUAUACAUCGUGAUUUAAAGCCAAGCAAUAUUUUAUUAGAUGAUGAAAUGAAUCCAAAAAUUUCUGAUUUUGGAUUAGCUAAAAUGGUUGCCAUCAACUCACAAGAGGGAAGUACAAAUAGAAUUGUUGGAACGUAUGGUUAUAUGUCUCCAGAAUAUGCGAUGUACGGACAAUAUUCUGAAAAAUCAGAUGUUUUCAGUUUUGGAGUUAUAAUUUUAGAAAUCAUUAGUGGAAAGAAGAACACAAGUCGUCAAAAUGAAUCACAAUAUGUUGAUGGCCUAUUGAGCUAUGCUUGGAAGCAGUGGAAAGAGGAAAAGUUGCUGGAGAUAUUAGAUUUAAAUAUAAAAGAAUUUGGGUCAUAUAAUGAAGUGAUCAGAUGCAUCCAUAUUGGUUUGCUAUGUGUUCAAGAAAAUCCAGAUUCAAGACCCACAAUGGCAACGGUUGUUUCAUAUCUUAGUAAUGAUUCCAUUCAGCUGCCAUUGCCACGGGAACCUGCAUUCUUUCUGCACGAUGGAAUGGAGCCCCGUACCAGUGCAAGUAAGGAAUCAGCCUCAACUGUUCAAGUGUCUAUGAGUGAAUUCUUUCCUCGUUAGUACCAUGCUUUAUUUAUUCUAUUUCUUGGACCCCCUGUAAGAGACAAGCGUUCUUAUUUAACUGUACAAAAAUUGAGAUACACAAUUACGCUGCACUCUUAUUAAUAUUAUUUGAUCGUAAUUAUUUAAAGGGACAGAUGA